GGGUUUAAGAGGGAGGGAGGGUUUUGCUCUAAGACAAAACGACGAUCAUAGACUCACGCACAGCAAUCUUCCAUCGUUUCGGAUACUAGGGGGGUUUGUGGUUGUCGUUCAUUUCUUCUUUUAAUCAUGUGGGCUCUUCGUCGUGCUUCUGUUCCUCUGGGAAAGCGAGGGUUUAGCAUAGGAGCUUCUCGCACUUGUUUUGCUGAUUCAGAUGUAUCAGUUAUGUACAUACAAGACAAAGCUACCAUCUUUGAUUCCCCUUAUUUGACAUCUGAUAGAUGUGUGCCUUUCAAGAGAUUUUACCGAACAGAGCGUGCUUCUGGCAAUCUUUUUGUGUGUAGACGUGGCCUUUCUUCUGAAGCUGGUACAAAAAGCAGUGGAGAGGAAGAGGAGUUGGAAGAUGGAUUUUCUGAACUUGAAACACCAGCUAGCGCUGAUGCAGUUCACCAAUCUAAUUCAGAGGAUGAGAAUGACGAUGAAUUGAUUUCCGAGCCAGAUUUCUCUGAUGAUGAUGCUGAACCUUCUCAAAAUGAGUUGGAGUUAUCAUAUGCUGAGAAUGAUACAAGUGAGAGAAGAUCUCCAAAGAAAAACACUGCUUCAGCACUUUUCAAGGCCAUCAUGGCUUCUCCAGGUUUAUCUGUCCAGAGUGCUCUUGACAAGUGGGUUGAGGAAGGAAACGAGUUGAGCCGGGCAGAGAUCUCCAUGGCCAUGUUCAACCUUCGCAAGUUUCGGAUGUAUGGGAGGGCACUGCAGCUCUUAGAGUGGCUGGAGGCAAGUAAGCGGCUUGAAUUUGUUGAAAGGGAUUAUGCUUCACGCCUAGACUUGAUUGCUAAAGUACGUGGCCUACAAAAGGCAGAGCACUAUGUUGAUAAGAUCCCAAAAUUCUUCAGAAGUGAGUUAAUUUAUAGAACCUUGUUGGCUAACUGUGUCAAAGCCAACAAUGUGAAGAAAGCUGAGGAAGUGUUCAACAAAAUGAAGGACCUUGAAUUUCCAAUCACAGCAUUUGCUUGCAACCAGUUGCUUCUUCUCUAUAAGAGGCUUGACAAGAAAAAAAUAGCAGAUGUGCUAUUGUUGAUGGAAAAAGAAAAUGUCAAGCCAUCUCUCUUCACAUAUAAAAUGCUGAUAGAUACAAAAGGAAAAUCUAAUGACAUUACAGGGAUGGAUCAAAUUUUGGAGGCAAUGAAGGCUGAAGGUGUUGAACCAGACACCCAUACAAAUGCCAUCUUGGCCAGGUACUAUGCCUAUGGUGGACUGAAAGAAAAAGCUGAAGCGGUUCUGAAGGAGAUGGAAGGUGCAGACUUGAAGGAGAAUCGCUGGGCUUGCAGUAGUUUGCUUCCACUUUAUGCAGAGCUUGGAAAGGUUGAUGAUGUGGGUAGAGUCUGGAAGGUUUGUGAGUCUAAACCCAAGCUUCAGGAAUGCAUGGGUGCAAUUGAGGCUUAUGGAAAGUUAAAUAAAAUUGAUGAAGCAGAGGAAGUUUUUGACAAGGCAUUAAACAAAUGGAAGAAGCGGCUGCCUUCGAAAAUCUAUUCUGUUCUUCUGAAAGUGUAUGCAAACCAUAAGAUGCUGGCCAAGGGUAAGGAUCUUAUUAAGCGUAUGGCAGAUAAUGGUUGCAAAAUUGGUCCACUCACGUGGGAUGCCCUUGUGAAACUCUAUGUGGAAGCAGGAGAGGUUGAAAAGGCAGACUCUAUCUUGCAGAAGGCAUACCAACAGAACCAAAUAAAACCAAUGUUUAGUUCUUAUAUGGUUAUUAUGGAUGAGUAUGCAAAGAGGGGUGAUAUCCAUAACACAGAAAAAACAUUUCAUAGAAUGAGACUGGCUGGAUAUACAGCUCGAUUCCGUCAGUUCCAAACUCUUGUUCAGGCCUAUGUUAAUGCUAAGGCACCAGCUUAUGGGAUCAGGGAGAGAAUGAAGGCGGAUAAUAUCUUCCCAAAUAAAUCUUUGUUGGAACAGCUUCGACAAGUUGAUGCAUUUAAGAAGACGGCAGUAUCAGAUUUGCUUGAUUGAGGAAUGUUUCUCAUUACUCUUGAGAUUAGUUGGCUACUUUUAAAUCAUUUUUCCAUUUUUUUCAAGUUACUUUAUAGGUUGGGCAUCUAGAUCUAUUAUGCUGUGCUUUUCUACACUGCUAAUCUUAUAUGUUGAAAAAAUUUCCUCUCUUUAAGCUAGAGGAUUCUAUAA